GUUGCGGGGCGGAGAGGAGCGGCCCCGGGACGGGCGACGAGCGCGAAGCCGAGCCGGUCCCCGGCGCCCGCGGCCCGGCCAUGGACGACCUCGACGCCCUGCUGGCAGAUUUGGAGUCCACCACCUCCCACAUCUCCAAGCGGCCCGUGUUCUUGGCGGAGGAGACCCCCUACUCAUACCCGACUGGAAACCACACGUACCAGGAGAUUGCUGUGCCGCCCCCUGUCCCUCCACCGCCGUCCAGCGAGGCCCUCAAUGGCUCGAUCCUUGACCCCUUAGACCAGUGGCAGCCUAACGCCUCCCCAUUCAUCCACCAGCAGCCUCAGUCCUUGUCACCCGUCUACGGCUCCAGUGCCAAAGCUUCCAGUGCCUCCAUCCCGCAGGACAGCGGGGGCUCUCCGUGUGCCCGAGCCAGCGAGGAGGAGCACGUCUACAGCUUCCCCAACAAGCAGAAGUCAGCUGAGCCUUCACCCACUGUGAUGAGCUCCUCCCUGGGCAGCAACCUCUCUGAACUCGACCGCCUGCUGCUGGAACUGAAUGCCGUGCAGCAGAACCCCCCAGGCUUCCCGGCAGAUGACGCCAACUCCAGUGCCCCACUGACUGGGGCUCUGAGCCCCCAGUAUGGCAUCCCAGAGAACAACAGCCUCCUGGGGGGCAAAGCUGGGCCCCUGACGAAGGAGAAGCCCAAGCGGAAUGGGGGCCGGGGCUUGGAGGACGUGCGGCCCAGCGUGGAGAGUCUCUUGGAUGAGCUGGAGAGCUCCGUGCCCAGCCCUGUCCCCGCUAUCACUGUGAACCAGGGCGAGGUGAGCAGCCCGCAGCGAGUCACCUCCAGCCAGCAGCACACGCGCAUCUCCGCCUCCUCCGCCACCAGGGAGCUGGACGAGCUGAUGGCCUCGCUGUCGGAUUUCAAGACCAGCUCCUCUGCUGUGGCCUUAAGCUCCCUGGGGCUGCUGCCCAGUUCAGCGCCAAGCCCAGACCGAGCACCUCCUUCUCCUCCUCCUGUUCUCUUGCCAUCCACUACUGUACCCUCGUCUCCAGGCCCCAGUCAUGCCCUGGAGGUCCUCGGCAUCAAGGAUGAGGAUAAUGGACAGGGCCUCCCAUCUCCUGAGGCCCCCAGCUGGCUUGAUUUAGCUGGCCUAGGGUUGAUGGCUGAAACCCCCAACUCAGGGGCUCCCUCUGGGGAGGGUUCCCUGGGGCCAUUGGGUACAGAGAGCCAGGCUCAAGUUUGCAGGGACUUACCAAACCUCAAGAGUGAGGUCUCCAGGGCGCCCCUCUGCCAUACUCUGCCCCCAGCUGGGUGCACAGGGCCCCAGGAGCCUGGAGACCCCCAAGGGCCGCCAGCCCACCCUGUGCGCUCAGAGGAGGCUGUGGCUGCCACGUGGGAGCGGCCAUGGAAUUUGGAGGUGAUCAGGCCCGAGACUCCCCACGGAGCUGUGCCUGGCUUCCAGGAAGUGACCGAGCCAGCUAUCGUGGCUGCGGACCGGCAGGCCGUCUUCCCAGACACCUGGAGUCUCACAAAGGAAUAUGAGCAGUUCCAGAAAAAAAGGGCAAGGCCAGAGCCAGUGGGGCCAGAAAGCAACCGCCCUGCCCCAGGUGAUGAGGAACAGUUAGGAGGCGAGAUGCCCGUGAGGGGGAGUCUGGUAAGGCCAACCCCGGGACCCGACACUCCCAAGAGGUCACAGGGCACCACUGACGCUGCCACCGAGGCUGAGAGGGAACAGCCGGAGCUUCCACCAGCCACGGUCAUGGACACACCCACCGCCACCGAGAGGAUUUCCACCGCUGGCCAGGUUGUCUUCCCUCCCGGCUCUCCCAUCCCCCAGAGAAGAACCGUCUCUGUCCUGGCUUCUCUUCCUCCUCCUGUCCCUUUGCUCCAGCAUCACAAAGACACCUCAGCCGGCAGCUCUUCUCCCCUGCCCUGCCCGCCCGGCCCCUCUGCCCAGGGCCCCCUGGAUGUCACCCGUGGCUCCUCUGGGGUCCAGAGCACGGGGGCAGAGCCUUGGAAAGGUGGCUCCCAGGGCCCCUCCCGUCUCACUGCUGCGCCCCACACUGUGAGGUCCGUGGGCUGCCAGACGGAGGAGGACCCGCUCUUCCCCCCAAUGCAGCUCCAGGGCCUGGAACAAAGAGCGGAUGGGGAGCUGUGCGGGGCGGCCGGCUGGCCUCCGAACGGCAGGCAGAGCAGUCCUGAAGGGCAGGACCAGGGAGGGAUCAUGAACCAGGGGAGGCCGGGGAGCAACUCCCCUCCUGGGGGACCCCCAAAGCCUGGGAGCCAGCUCGACAGCAUGCUGGGGAGCCUGCAGUCUGACCUGAACAAGCUGGGGGUCGCCACAGUGGCCAAAGGGGUCUGCGGAGCCUGCAAGAAGCCCAUCGCCGGGCAGGUCGUGACCGCCAUGGGGAAGACGUGGCACCCGGAGCACUUCGUCUGCACCCACUGCCAGGAGGAGAUCGGGUCCCGCAACUUCUUUGAGCGGGACGGGCAGCCCUACUGUGAAAAGGACUAUCACAACCUCUUCUCCCCGCGCUGCUACUACUGCAACGGGCCCAUCCUGGAUAAAGUGGUGACAGCCCUUGACCGGACGUGGCACCCCGAGCAUUUCUUCUGUGCCCAGUGCGGGGCCUUCUUCGGCCCUGAAGGAUUCCACGAGAAAGACGGCAAGGCCUACUGUCGGAAGGACUACUUCGACAUGUUUGCGCCCAAGUGCGGCGGCUGUGCCCGGGCCAUCCUGGAGAACUACAUCUCGGCCCUCAACACCCUUUGGCAUCCUGAGUGCUUUGUGUGCCGGGAGUGCUUCACGCCUUUCAUCAACGGCAGCUUCUUCGAGCACGACGGGCAGCCCUACUGCGAGGUGCACUACCACGAGCGGCGCGGCUCGCUGUGCUCCGGCUGCCAGAAGCCCAUCACCGGCCGCUGCAUCACCGCCAUGGCCAAGAAGUUCCACCCGGAGCACUUCGUCUGUGCCUUCUGCCUCAAGCAGCUCAACAAGGGCACCUUCAAGGAGCAGAACGACAAGCCUUACUGCCAGAGCUGCUUCCUCAAGCUCUUCUGCUAGGAGACUCACCCCUUCCCUGCCCAACCCGGCCCAGCCUCCCAGCAGCCGCUAGGACCCAGAGGCCUCACCCAGGGGUGAGGGGCAGACCUGACUGAAACUGGAACCUGCAUCCUUGGCUGGUGCAGGAUGGCAGGGGGGUGGCAAGGGGUCCCUCCUGCUUUCAUUCACCCCUGCCAGAGUCUCUGGGCCUCCCACCUGCAGCUCUGCCUCGGCUGCUGACUCUCCAUCCUCCUGGAGGCUGACCCACGUGUGUCCCCACGAGCCGCCUGGCCAGGCCUGCACCCCACACUGGAGCCAUCUCUUACUCACAUUUUGGCAGUGGAGCCCGGGGGGCGGGCAGGCAGGGUCAUUUGGGGUCAGUUUAUAUCCUUACGUCUCUCCUGACCUCCUUAUCCCUGUUCGAGUAUGGAGCGGGCACCUGCUCCCUCCAGUCAAUGCCAGCAUAAAUCCAUCCAUCCAAAGGCCCACGUGCCAAGGGCUGGGGAAGGUUCCUUGUGCUCCCCCUGCCCUCCCAUUGCCCCUGGUUCUACUGAGAAAGCCUCUCCAGCAAUAAUGUUUUAUAGUCACUUCCUCCGUCUCUGGGGGUGGUGUGAGGUGGUGGGUUUCACCCCAUGCCUGGACACUGUACCGACUUUGAUAGAUUUCUACACUGAGGUUUGAAUUCAUAUCGACUGAGUUGCUUUUACUCCUCUCUACAGUGAUUUUGAAGAGAUUUUAAAGAUGUCCCUUUUUGUACUCUCCUCCUGGCCGCCGCCGCCGGUGACUGCAGCUGUGGUGUGGCGUUUGCCUUGUACUGAGGGCUUGGGGUGGGGAAGCAAUUUGUAUUUUAUUUUUUCUUAGCACAAGCAGGUGAACUGGGAGCAGCUCUGUGACUCCCCUCCUUGACUUCACUGCUCACCAGGACUGUUUUGUAAACUGCUGUAUUUUGGAAGCCCUUCCUUACUACCCAGGCCAGCAAGCUCUCACGGGCAGUUGGCCUAAGGGUAUCUUGCCCUCUUGGGUUUAGAAUUUCAAACCUCAUCCACUGUGUUCCUGAGGGAGGAGAAGCGGAGAGGACACUCUGGGGGUGCUCUUUCUGGUCCAGUAAACCAUUAGGCGCUUCCCCUCCUCUGUGAACUUUUUGGCAACAAAGAGAACCCACCGAACAUUCUCAGCCUCCUCACUGCUUCUCUGGGGCUCUUUCUUCUGCCUUCUCAGGAAAGCUGGUGUCUGAUUUUGACCUUUGGUCUAGCUGAUUCCACUGGGCGCAUCAGUUCCCCAAACUUCCUGCCCUCCCUGGAGACUGGGUACAGGUCCUUUCGCCUUUGUAGUUAGGACAACCUUGGGGCCUAGGUUGUCCCAAGGGGAACUGGAUUUGGGGUAGAAGGAUGGCGCCCUGAAGAAGCAACAAGGAGACCCCAGAGCUCUCUACCCCAGGGGUGAAUAGGAGCAGGCAGGCCUGGGGUCUCUUGCCACCAUGGGGUGGAAGCUGGAAGAGGCCAGAUCACUCAUCCUCAUCGCAAAGGCUGAGUGUACUGCGCUGGGGCUCAGAAGAGGGUCCCGGGCUGGGAGCCCAGGUCUGGGGAGUUCAGCCAGGCCCCCCUGAAGGUCUGCUGUCUCCAUCCACUUCCACCCAUAGGCCUUACUGCUCUGUUUACAGUGACCUGCCCCAGAUCCCUACCUGAGAGGGAUUGGUGUCCCUGGGGUCUACUCUCUGGGUCAGUGAUCAUUUGAUGAUUUUAUCUUAAUUUUUCUCUGUAAACAUCUAACCUGGCUUUUCCCUAUUUCAAUUCUUGUGAUUUAUGCCAAUAAAGUUUGCCAUUAUUUUACCGGUGCUAGUAGUGCCUUUCCUUUGUGGUCAGAGAUAAGAACUUAGUUCCAAAAGAGAGACCCUUCCCUCCCCAGACUCACAAGGAGCACAGUUUGAGGGUGAAUUGUUGGGCAAAAAGCCUUGGGGAUAACUCCUCCGAAGGUCACUUGUCAGGCCUCCCUAGUGGCCUAGGGGUUAAGUCUCAGCUCUGUCACUUGUGGUCUGGGUUCGAUCCCCAGGGAGCUAACCCACAUGGCACAGCAGACCUCUCCUGUCUCACCCACUGCUCCCCUCAGCAGUGUAUUUCAGUGGAUCUGCCUGUUCUGCGCCCCACUCUGUCUCUGCUGAAUCCUCUCACCACCACCCCCUCUCCCCCCCCGCACCUCUGGC